AAAUCACGAGGUUUGGAUGCUUUUUUGUAUCAAGUACGACGCUAUAAACAUAUCUUUCUCAUUGAAAAUUUUUUUUUCUAUCAAACAAAAUGAAAAUUUACAUUGCCAUCGCCACCAUUUUGGUCAUCAUUGGUACAAUGAUGAUGAUGACGAUUGCUGAUGCUAAAGAAGAUUUGGAAGUCGGAAUAUCGAAAGAAACUAUACACAAAUAUUAUAAAUUAGUGAAAAAAUUUGGCGUAAAAGCCGAACAUUUUCUAGCUUGUAUGGGUGAAGAUUGGUGUAAACAUUGUGUAGGACCAACAAUCAAUUGUUUGGCAGCGAAAAAUGUUAAAGGAUGUAUUUCAGUGAUUGCAUGUGAAGGCAAAUCAACAUCUAAAUGUGUUCAUCAUUUGUAAUUCGAAUUCCAUGAAUCGAAUGAUGUCAAUCAAUUCUUUUUUUGAAUAUUUGCUUUGUUUCUUUCGUUCAAUCAGAUAAUAAAUUGUUCAAUUUUUGUUUUCCAA